AUGGCAGACUCUUCCAGAAGCUCGUACUCACCAUUCCGCUCCUCCAAUACAAUCGCGGAACACGUCGGCAAUGGGAGUUCCCGUCGGCGUGGCUCGUUAUCGUUAUCCCAAACACUACUCGAUUUUUCCUCACCCCCAGCAGAUUUGGAGCAGAUCCAUGCUUCUUCGUGCCAAACACCCGGCUUAACAUCUUUUUCCCUCGCAUCGCCACCCAGUGCUUCUACCGAACAGUUACUCCUCGGAGGGCUUUACUCUCGUGUUAAAAGUGUGGCGGCAGCAGUUCGGGAUGCAGUUGGGGUGCAUACCGGCAGUGGAGGCUCAGAUCGAGGUGGAGAUGUUGGCAGUGAGAGCUAUCUUGGCAGCGCAGGGAGCAGAGAUUCGUUUCUAUCUGGGGCUUCUGACGAGCCCCCCGGAAAAGGCGCUUCUACACCACCCUUAUCUCCUACAAAGUUCCAACCCCCACCCGCAGGCAAGAGAUCUAGAUAUGCCUCCGGCUCGUCUCUUAAGUCUGGGUCACGAGUAUCGAGUAAUAAUUCAUCCAUAGACAUGGUCUCUGGUGGUCUUUUCGCUCCCCCAGCUGCCCUACGGAAGGUUAAUCUGUUAGCAAAUGGGGUAACGGUUCCUUCCUUGGCGCCUGUCACUGUAUUUAGGGAUGUUUCUGGAUAUGCUUCGGGAGGAGAACCCACCGGAAACACGGAUGUCAAUCGCCAAGAUAUCUCCAAUAGUCCCAAAAAACCAGCAGGGAAGGGGAAAGGAAAGGACCCACAAAACUCGACGGUGAAUGCGCUCCUAGGGGCAACAGGCGUGGUGGUAGCAGGAACAGUUGGAUGCCCUGCAGUGUCGACUCAGAGUGCCGCCGGAGGCGACGACGACGAUAACGAUGAUGAUGACGGUACCGUGGAUAACCGCGCCCGAGACGACGGCAGUCUGUUCGUGGGGGAUGAAGAUGAAGAAUUUGGAAGUGUGAUGACAGAUGAAGAGGCCAUCACUGAUAGCAGCGAUGAUGAUAACCUCGUUCUACUUAAUUCUAGGCUACCGGGUGGGCAUGACGUUGCCCAACUUGGAGGCUCUAGGAAGGCGGCCUCUAAGUCGCCUGCCAGUCUCUCUAAGCCCAACUCUAGAGAUACUAACUCGCCAUCGAAGGCGAAAUCAAACGGCUCCGCCUUAUUAUCUCCUCCAGCAAAGGAUGUCAACGGGCUUGGUCUAUCACUAGCUUCGGACCAAGUGUUUUCGAAUUCCCACGCUCCUCACCCAUCACCCCCCGGCACAGGGUCUUCCAACCCCACUACCAUAAAGUCAACACUUGGUCUGCCACAACCACUCGAGAAGAACCACCCCUCUGCACUACAAAAGCAAAUGCAAAACUCGAACCCAUCUGGGCAACUUUCGCUGCCAUCUCCAAACCUAAAACCGCUAUCCGACCCAGCCUUGAGGAGGAAGCGUCCACUUCCUCCUGUCUCGAGAAUUAGCACAGACCAAAGCCAGCUUCUUCCUGGUUUCAAGAUAACUAGAGAGCCGAACUCAGACACCGAAUCAAGCCAUGCGGCAACAUCCAAUGACGGGAACCAUAAGCAGAGUGGGGAUUCGUCGGUAUAUAGACAGGGAUUCGAUGACGCUGGGAUAAACAGCGAUACCAGCAUCACCGGUGCUGGCAAUUCAGAGGCUGUCAGUCAGGCAUUAAGGCAAUUGAGAAUGGGGAAUCUUACAAGAGACUUUUGGAUGAAGGAUGAAGUUUGCAAGGAGUGUUUCCUAUGUGGAAACACGUUUUCGGCUUGGAGAAGGAAGCAUCACUGUCGAUUAUGUGGCCAAAUAUUCUGCUCCAAAUGCACAACCCUAAUCACUGGCGAAAGGUUUGGUCAUCAGGGAUCCAUGCGUGUUUGCAAUCCUUGCCUCGCCAUCGUAAACGAUUAUCAGGAUGAAUCAGACUCUGAUGAAUUUUCUUCGUCCACUGUCUUUCAUCAUAACCAAGUUAUGAACCAGCGCAAUGGAACACCAACUAGCAACUCCCCAUCUAAUAGUGCUGCUGCUACUCCGAUAGGUGAACCAAUGACACCCUUCAGUAUGCCUAAGGAUAUGCGGCUUGGCACAACGCCCUUGAUGGCUAUUCCAGCAACAAGAAUGAUGGCUGGAAAGAACCCGAAUAGACACUCCCAAAUUCUUGAGAUUAAUGCCGAAUUGCCCUCCCCCCCUCGUCCUUCGUCUGUGCGCUCUGGGAAGGCGUCCUUGCCUCGGGCCGGCACAGCUGCCAACACUCCCGCUCUCAUCGAUGGCUUGGAAGCACAAGUGCUUCCGGCUUUCCAUUCUGACAACAUCAUCGAUCCCGAUCUUGCCCCAUACAUGAGUGACGAGGAUAUUAGCGACUCAGAGCAAAUGAGUAUAUUUGCCACCAUUGCCCCGAAAUAUCCUGAGGGCUUCGGGAGUGGUACAGCGGUUCAUGCAUUUGCGGCAACCACGCAGAAUGAUAACACAUCUUCGACAGGGCCUAAUGCGCCAAACCCCUCCAAAUCAAAGUCAAGAAACCCGGGGAGCAUUGGUGGGAUGGCUUCAAUUCUAGCGGGUGGUGGUAUUGGUGCAGGAGACCCCGGUUCGCCGAAAAAUAACCUACUGCACCCUGCCCGGUCCACACGAAAACGCAAUUCUAGUUUUCUGAGUAGUAUGCAACCACGGCCGCCCACACGAUCAGGAAAAGGGCAUCGUUUAAUGAGGUCGCUAGUUGGGACAGUUGGGGAAUCCUCCUUGUUUUCUGGUGCUGGGGGUAACGUAAUACCCUCACCUAGGGCGAUCAGGACCGCUUCCAUGAGAGGGCCCCUGAUGCCUUUGAUUGAGCUCAACACAGCGAGCUUGAAUCAUGUACGAACUCUCCUACGGCAGCUGUUAAAAGAUGCGGAAAUCAAGGAAGUCGACAAGUGGGAAAGAGCUCUCAUGCCGAUACUUCUUAAAAGCACGGAUGACCUCAAUCCCGACGUCCGCGUCGGUGAUUCUAUAGAUAUAAGGCACUACGUCAAAGUUAAGAGGAUACCUGGUGGUGCACCCGGAGAUACGACCUACGUUUCUGGUGUGGUUUUCACAAAGAAUCUAGCAUUGAAGAGCAUGCCAAGAAGUGUUCCACAGCCUCGAAUAGUUAUCAUCACAUUCCCCAUUGAGUACCAGCGCCAUCAACAGCAGCUUAUGAGCUUGGAACCUGUUAUUGCACAGGAAAAGGAUUUCCUUCAGAACAUGGUCAACAGAAUCAUUGCUCUACGGCCCACUCUUCUUUUGGUUGAGAAAAACAUUUCUGGUGUUGCCUUACAACUCCUUUCGCAAGCAAACAUAGCCACCGCACAUCUUGUAAAGCCAUCCGUCAUCGAGGCAGUCGCGAGAUGCGCCCAGGCGGACAUUUUCUCAUCAGUCGACAAGCUAGCCCUCCCGUCUUACAGAAUAGGGCGCUGCGCGAGUCUUGAUGUGAAGACAUUCGUGCAUGACGACAUCCCAGGGCGGAAAAAGACAUUUAUGUAUUUCUCCGGAUGUCCGAAAGAGCUUGGCUGCACAAUUGUUCUGAGAGGUGGAGAUAUGGUGACACUUGCAACCAUCAAGAGAAUUACCGAGUUGAUGGUUUAUGUAGUAUACAAUCUGAAGUUGGAGACUUGUUUGAUGAGAGAUGAAUUUGCUAACAUUCCUUCAACACCCGCUACUGGAGGAAUUUCGAGCAGAUUGCCGGACGACCUUCUGCCGGAUGAUAUACCAAUGCCCACUUAUUAUGAGGAUAUGGUGCGCAAUCAUGAGACAAAGGUCCUAUCUGCAUCUCCCUUCGUUAAGUACAUACAACCAUAUCUUCUCAUGCGGGCGCGGGAAUUGGAGAGAAGGCUUGUAUACCUUCGCAGAUUGAAGGAUUCUCAACCAACAACCGAAAAAAUUGAGGGUGAGAAAGCCAAGCCACCAGAAGUUUUUCAGCUAGUCCAGCCCGAGAUGGUUCAUGGAGAUAUUAAAAAUGGUAUGACAAAGAAAAUGGCAGAAGUUCUACGAGCCAUUCACGACGCGGAAUACGAUAAAGCGCUAUAUGUCUAUCAAACCCAAAAGAAGCAAUGGGAGAACUACCUUGCCCAGUACGAUGACUUAUUCGAUCCAUAUGCUCAUCAGAAUAUUGCCAUCCUUUACAGCCUAGUUUGUACGAUUACAAUGGUUCCCUGUGAAGGGCCGGAGAUACGCAGGCUGGAGUUUUACGUCCAAGACCCAGAUUGGCCGCUUGAGCAAACCGAUUGCACGCUCGGGCAGUACGUCGAAUAUUUGUGCGAUACUGCCUUCAAAACCUGCAAUAGUGACACCUGCGACAAAAAAAUGAUCGACCAUCAUCGCUCUUACGUCCACGGUCAAGCGCGGGUGAAUGUUUUUGUACGCGAUAAAAUGCCGAGCCCUAUCCAAGGGAUGCACGACAGUAUCUCAAUGUGGAGCUACUGCAAGAUCUGCCCCGACAUGUCUAGCCCUCCGAUCCCCAUGUCAGAAAGCACUUGGAAAUAUUCUUUUGGAAAAUAUCUCGAACUCGCCUUCUGGAGCUCCGAGAUGAAGCUCAAGUCUGGCAGUUGUGUACACGACUUGAAUCGCGACCACGUACGAUGUUUUGGAUACCGAGGCUUGACUGUCCUCUUUCAGUAUGAAUCAAUAGAGCUUUUGGAAAUCGUCGUGCCGCGGACAAAAGUCGCAUACAAACCCGAGAUCGACCUGCGAAUAAAGAACGAAUGUUACACUCAAUAUGAGGACAAGAUGAAUCGCUUUUUUUCAUCAGUCAAGUCACGGCUCCGGGACAUCAAGGUUAACUCGGUUAGUUCCGACAAAAUAGACGCAUGCAAAGCAGAAAUCGAGGCCCUAAAGGCAACUGCUGAUACGGAGCACAAUUGGCUCAUCAAGAAGCUACAGGAAAAGUACAACAAGUCGAAAUACUUUGAGAUUAUACCCUUGAACCGAGCCCUAAGAGCUCUACAAGAGAGAGUUGUGGAAUGGGAUGCUAGGUUUAGUGCGUUUGAUAACGACUAUUUCCCUUCCGAGAAGGAUAUUCGACGGUUGGCUGCGCUCCAACUCAAGAGGUUGUUCAUCGAUAAUCCGAACACAGCAAUGCAAUCCGAUACUGAGCGAGCGCCUACACCGGGUAAGGAAGAAAAACCAGCAGCCGUGGACGGUACCACAACCCCUGGUGAAGCCGAACCUACACCAGGCGAAAUGUCCUCUAAGCAAGCGCACGACGUAUUAGCCUCAGUUGUCGAAGAAGAUGCGGAGAGCAGCCCAAAAAGCGAUGCAUCAAAAGAGAAUAGAGCGACUUUGGAAAAGAUGCCUCCCCCUUUCGGGCGCACUCAUUCUGUUCCUCAACGAAAGCCCGAAACGUCUGGACCAUCUGGUACUAUAUUAAGGCCCCUAACGUACACGACCUCAAUGCCAAUCAAGAAGACUUCCGAUUCGAUCAGAGGAAAGGACAAAAUCAGGACUGAUAAGAAAGUUGCAGAAAAGACCCGGGUGGGGUCUCUUACAGCCAAGAAGACACAAGAGAAAUCCCAAAUACCGCGCUCCAUUCCACCACCCAAACGCAGGGAGUCAAAUGUUUCAACUCUAGCCAAACACUUUGAGCAAAUGAGCCGAGAGUUUGAAAAGGAGAGAGCGAGAGAGAAAAGACAACAGCAAGCCAAGCGCUCCAGAGCCCUCCCAGUAGCUACUUCAAAACCUGUCGUUGAGGUAUAUCGUAGCGUUAGGGAGGCCGUUGAGGAACUCUCUGAUGAAGAGCUUCCCGUCGGGGCACCCACUCCAGGAAGAGAUCUCAGCAAUUUAACUGAGAGCACGGAGUCAACGUCUGACGCCGAUGUGAGCGAUGGUGAGGCAUCCCUAACAAGCGACCCGGAGACUGUCCCUCCUCCCCCUACCAUUGCCGGCGCAUUACCGCCACCUCUAGAUACGCCGUUGCAGGAGAAGAGGGCUUGGAUGAAAACUCUCUCCAAUUUCUGGGCUGAACGAUCUGCGAGUGGUUGGUCAUCGCUAGAGUACCCAUUACACCCAACAGACCACGUGUUCAAUGAUUCCGACAUCAUUGUUCGAGAGGACGAACCAAGUUCCCUGAUUGCCUUUGCCCUCAAUAGUCAAGACUAUGAGAUAAAGCUAGACUCCAUUCGUAAUUCGGAUACCUCGGGCACUGAAAGGCCUCAGAGCUCUGAGGAAGCACCUCCCAGUCACUCCUUUGAUGGCAAGGAACAUCCUGAGCUCGAACGCUCGUUACUGAAAGCGACGGGCACUCACCUUAAAUACCAAUUUCAAGAGGGUUCAGCGAAGAUGUUUUGCAAGAUAUUUUACGCAGAGCAAUUCGAUGCUCUCCGACAAAAUUGCGGCGUGGCAGAUAGAUACGUCGAGUCUUUAUCGCGGUGUGUCAAGUGGGAUUCCAAGGGCGGAAAGACAAAGUCGGUGUUUUUGAAAACUCAAGAUGAGAGGAUCGUAUUAAAGGCUCUAUCGCCUAUCGAGACGGCUGCGUUCAUCAAGUUUGCGCCGGCAUAUUUCCAAUUUAUGUCCCAAGCUUUCUUCCACGAGCUCCCAACCGUAAUCGCAAAGAUGCUUGGAUUCUACCAGAUAUAUAUUAAGAACACAACAACGGGGACCGAUAUUAAGUGGGAUGUCCUUGUAAUGGAGAACCUGUUUUAUGAUCGCAAGACUACCCGAAUAUUCGACCUCAAGGGAUCCAUGCGUAAUCGAUACACCCAUGCCACAGGCGACCAGAACGAAGUAUUGCUCGACGAAAAUAUGGUAGAGUUCAUUUACGAGUCCCCUCUGUUUGUGAGAGAGCACUCGAAAAAGCUUCUUCGGGCAUCCUUGUGGAACGAUACGCUAUUUCUGUCCCGACAAAAUGUCAUGGACUAUUCUCUGAUGAUAGGAAUCGACGAGGCGAAGAAGGAGCUGGUCGUUGGAAUAAUAGGCAAACUGUAUUCGAACCUUCACCUGGGACAAAAAACUUGAAAGUUGGGUCAAGGAAAAGGGAUUUGCAGGGGGCGGAGGAAAGAAACCAACAGUCACUAGUCCUAGGGAAUACAAGCACCGAUUCCGCGAGGCAAUGCAACGAUACGUCCUAGAAGCGCCAAGGCAAGCCCCCUUCUUUGCUACCCCCCAAAUUGUCCGCCUACUUUCUAUCCGCCUGUUCCUAUCGUUGGUUGCAACGCCCCCACUUCCGUCGCCUUAUUUUCCCCCUUCUACCCCCAAACUGUCAUAUAUCACAGAAUCCUCCUCUUUCCAGCAGGGAGCAAACAGGGCUAACACAGCGGCAAACCCUAACAAUAGUUGCUGGCACCUAUUCCGCGUGGGGAAGUACAUGGGUGCCGUCCCAGUCCGACUCCAACCCACCGAGACCAAAGAGUCAUUGGCCUCGACGACGACGGCGACGACUACCAUCGAGGGGAAAAAUCAAUUGGAGCAACAACAGGUUGACAAUGAGUGAUUUUGCUGCGGUCAUAUGGUGCGGGCGGCUUGCUUGCUGGCGUCUACUUAUCAAGCCUAGUACGCAAGGCAAAAUUCCCAAGCCAAGUGCGAAGUCCGUGCGAUCGGGAGGAAGAGGGGGGAUGGAAAGAAAGAAGAAAAAAAAAGUGCACGAAGCAGUUGUGUGCGUAGCAGCGGUUCUGUUUACUGAUUGCAACUACCGGUACCGUAGUAUGGUUGAUAAUGAUGAUGAUGGAUAAUGGAUAAUGGAUAGAGUACGUAGCGUUCUGCAUAGACGGAGUUUUUUUGUUCUUUCGUUGAUUGGUUAAAUCGUUUCGUUCAUGACACGAAAAUUACUUUUUUUUUUAUUUUUAUAUAUUUUUUUAUUUUUUUUAUUUUUUAUUUCCUACACCUUCCGUGCAGUUGCUGUCGGGAAAGUAAUGAAUGAUACUACGAGUAACUUAAAUGAUA